AUGAAGGGGUUCCUCGCUCCAUUUUGGCCAUGGGGCGCCACAAUUCUGUCUGUGGCUCUGGCCGCGACGCUACCAGCAUUGGUCCACGCAGUUUCGGAUACUGGGAAUUUGGUUUCUGUAAAAGGCACUGGGUCGCGCGGGACAACUAUAAUUCUCGCAAACGACCGGUAUCCAGCCUUAUACACUGGGAAGUUUGGUGACUGCUUGGGAGGUAAUUCCCUAGUCGACGUUACUGGAUUUGAUGCAGCCUACUAUGCGGAUAACAUGACGGUUAUGUUCCAUUUGACCGGUUCAACAAAGAUAAAACACGACAAUAUCAUGGCGUAUAUUUCUGUCGAUGCUUAUGGCGAGGAUCGCUUUGACAUGAUAUUCAACCCUUGCAGUGCAAAUAUCGACAGUCUGUGUCCUAUGAAUGCAAGCCAACCGAUAGCCGCGGAGGCAAUAAUACCCGUAACCAAGGACAGCGUCUCCGGAAUCCCGCCCAUUGCCCUCGUCAUUCCUGACUUCGAAGGCUAUGCAACUCUACGAUUAUACUCAAACACCACCAAGACAGAAAUAGGCUGUUACCAGGCUGUCAUGACAAAUGGCGCAACAUUCUCACAUCCAAAGGCUGUUGGGUCAGUGCUCGCUAUAUUCACUGCAGUUGCCUUGCUGGCGUCCGCAGCCACUGCCAUAUAUGGUGUCAACGUACCGGUUAUGAGGACACACUACGCCCAUUCACUCUCCGUUCUUGUGAUAUUUGAGUUGUUCCAAUCGUUCUUUUUCUCUGGUGCGCUAUCGUUGCAUUGGCCGAGCGUCUGCGUCGCUUGGUGGAGCAAUUUCGCAUGGUCAGCGGGUAUGAUCAAUAACUCGGGCAUGACAAGAUCGAUCAGCAAUUUUCUCGGCACAGAUCAGGGGAACUCAAGCCGUGUCGGUGGCGUUUCAAUCGCUUCGCUCGGCAGCAGCGUGCUUUCACAGAUAUAUGGUAAACCGGGUAAGUCUCCAGGUGGCGUACCACCCAAAGCUGCCGCCAGGACUAUCAUGGGCCAGGUGCUACAUCACAUCAUUGGUGCAAGAGAUAUUGCAGGCGCCAGUGCCUCACAAAACCCUGGAUAUAGCUGGUAUGGAGGAAUAUCUGGAAGUGGUCUACCACUCCCCGGCAUGUGGUCGAACUUCACCGGGGAACUGUCGGAAAUCGGGAUUCCAGCGCCAAAUGCCUUUAUGACGGGAUUCAUAUGGUUCUUGAUUGCCCUAGUGAUAGUCAUUGGACUGAUUAUUGGCUUAAAAUGGACUCUAGAAGGAUUCCGCGCUGUCAAAUGGAUUCGGAAAGAUCGGUUGGACUUCUUCAGAAGCCACUGGGUUGGUUAUGUCCAAGUUGCGAUAUUACGAACUAUGAUGGUCGCAUUUUUCAUGAUGAUGACAUUGACUCUUUAUCAAUUCUCGAUUUCGGGUCCUGCAAGAGUCACUGCUAUUGCAGCAAUCGUUUUCACCACCUUCCUCGUCGGCUUGCUUGGGAUUGCCGCACAUUGCUGUUUCCAUCGGCUUCGCUUUGGGCGAUAUGAGAGCGAAUUUGAUCAUGUUAUCAUUUCCCGUAAGAAAGUAUGGAAGUUCAUACCUUGGCUAGGAUUCUCUUGGCACAGUAAAACAACUGAUGCGGACGAAACUGCUGCUACACACAUUGACUCCCCUCCGGUGUUGGGCUCCUUUCCAAUGUUUGUCAUCAGAUACGUUGAUGAUGAUCUUCUAAGACCCGGUGUUCAUGAAGACUCAACCUUUAUUAAGCGCUACGGCUGGCUUUCUGGACGGUUCAGACGGACACGAUGGUGGUUUUUUGUCUUGUGGUUUCUCUACCAGUUCGUUCGUGCCUGCUUUGUUGGCGGAGCAUCCAGAAACCCCGAGGCUCAAGUCAUUGGUUUAUUCGUUGUGGAGAUCAUAGCGAUGAUAAUUAUCGUCGCCUUGAAUCCUUUCGAGGGUAAUCGCAAUACUGCCAUAGCCGUAUAUUUACUCAGCCUGAGCAAAAUCGUGACAGCAGGCCUGUCCAUCGCAUUUCUACCACGGUAUAAUAUGGCCCGUAUCCCUACCACCAUCGUGGGAUUUGUUAUUGUAAUCACGCAAGGGGUUGUGGCAAUUGCCACCCUCAUUCUGAUAGUCUUGGGCGCGAUAUCGAGUUAUAUGAGUCUCACAAGGAACCGCGAAGACUUUAAGCCUCGGAUAUUAGAAGGUAUUCGUUACAAAUAUUUUACGCAUCUCGAAAGAGCGGCUUUGGAUAUCCCACCACCACCACCGCCACCUAAAGAACCCGAAAAGCCAGCAGAGCCAAUCGAACCGUACUUCAAGGUCAAUAGUGUGCAUCGCGAGCCGAAGAUUGAAGAUGAGGAAGCAGAUAUCCUCGCAGUCCUGACUGAUCCCAAAUCCCAGCCCAUUGUCUCCGGAAGACGUGGCCGGGCAAAUAGCGCGUUGAGCACAUCUUCUGUGCCCAAUGGCCUCCCCUUUGGCGCUCGGGCGCACCGAGCAAGCUGGAGUUCGCAAGAUUUUACCCUGUGGCAACAGGAGAUGAUGGCGGGGGGACUGGGCAAGGGUGGGCAUUCACGGCACCAUAGUGUUAACAAGCUCAGACAUUCGUCCGGGACUAUGGCGCCUCUGAUGCAAUCUCCGCAAUCACUUGGUAGUUCAGAUCCAAUUACCACGAGCAGCAAACAGUACGUUGUGGGGGGUGGUCAAUGGCCUGUGACGGUUGGAGAGAGCAGCCAGGGUUCAUCUGCUGAGAAUCUUCAAGAAGUUACGAUAAAGGAAUAG